AUGGGAAGGAUGUAUACUGAGGAGAUGAAACUAAGGAACAAAAUAUUACAGAAGUAUCCUUCUUUGAAAGUACAAGAGCAUGAUGACAAACUGGAAAGAAAUAACGAGAGCGGUCAAAUUGAAAGUCAUUAUUGUAGUUAUACUAGGGAUAUAUGUUAUUUGUCCCGAGUUGUUCACACUUUGACUGAAGAUGUGGUUUCGCUGAAAAAGUUUAUUGAGUUGGACAUUGAUGAGGAUGAAAUAGAAGAUUAUCGCCUUAUUUUACGUUAUGAUAAUAAUGAACUAAGCAAGCUUUGCAGACAGCUCACUGACAAAGCUUCGCUGCCUGCUCAAUGGUAUUCUAAACUUAGUCAAUUCAUGACGAAUACCCCUCGCCCUUCUCUGAAGGGCCUCAAAACCCUUGUCACAGAAGGAGAGAAAAUCCCAGUUCCAAUGCCCAGCUUAAUUGCUCUCAAAGAAUUUACCGAAGUUGCUACAAACUGGCAAGAAGAAGUACAGGCAUUGUUAACCAGGAAGUCUCAAAUUCGUCGUCCUAAUGAUAGAACUGGUAAGGGUCAUAAGAAUAGCACUUCUCCGGAGAUUGAAGAACCGAAGAAUCGCGAAUACUUCCAGCGGCUUUUGGAUGAAGCACGUCUACUACCAUUUUGGACAUCUGAGAUUGGACAACUUUAUGAUAGAGGGAUCGAAAUAGUCAACUAUCAAAAGCUCGUUGAAAAACUGCUGACGCAGCCAAAUAAGCCGUUGCAGGAAUUUGAAGAUGCAUUGGACGUCGGCCGCAACCUUAACGUAUCACUCUCAGAAACUGAGCUGUUAUCAAAGAUUGUUGCCAGAAUGCAAUGGAUCGAAAAGGCUGCCAAGGAGAUAAACUCUAAAUACAUCUCUUUGGAUGACUUGGAAUCGCUGAUCAACGAGGGCAUGGAUGCAGGGAUUGACGAAGCAGACGACAAUCUUCUUCAGUUGCGCCUCCAACAGAAGCAGGGCCUCGAUCUGGAUACCAGAAUCAGACAAGCGGUUUUGUCAGAUUUUGUUGAGAUUGAAUAUUUGGAGCAACUGAUAGCAGAAUCAUUGACCUGCCCUGCCAAAGAGCAGACUGUCAAAAUGGCUAAACAGGUCCACCAGAGGCAUCUCUCCGUCAUUAAACAGGUAGAUAACCUUCACGCCGAAAUGCAAAACGAUUCCUUCGAUAAAAGGCCCACAUACAAGGUCGUCAAGAAAGUAAUUGAUGAAGCACAGGGCCUUAAUACAAGACCCAAAUUUUCUUUGAUUGAGAAAGAUUUUAGACUCAUUGAAGAUUGGAUGCGACAAGGGAAACGUAUCAUUGGGAAAGGGAACGCUCCAAUGUACAUAUUUGCCAGUCAUUUGGCAACAAUAGAGCAGAAAACACGACAUGCCUUUUCCCUAAGUGAUAAAUUCGAUCCAGCUGCUGUCGAGAACGACGAUGAUAUCAACAAGGUCUUUUGUAUCUGUCGUUUGCGUGAGUCUGGUAUGAUGGUUGAAUGUGAUGUCUGCCACGAAUGGUUCCAUGGAAAAUGCCUAAAGGUUGGCCGUAGCAAAUUCAAGGAUAAUGAAAGGUUUGUAUGUCCUGUUUGCGAUUGGAAAACCUUGGUUCCUAGAGAUGCUGCUAGGCCCAAUUUAGAGGCUCUUAGAUCUCUACUUGACCUUGCUCUUGGCCUGCGAAUAAGAGCCGAUGAAGUAGAAGUGCUCAGAAAAACUGUCGAGGUAUCCGCAAAGUUUCAAGAAUUUUUGAAGCCAUUGUUACAACGAGCCCCCUUUCAGGAAUCAGAUGUUAAGGAAAUUCGCUUUUAUCUUACCAAAUUGAAGGGAAGUGAAGUAGUUCUGGUUGAAGAAACUGAUAUCCUCGAGAGCGAGCUUCAUAGGUUAGCUCCGUUAUAUCCUGAGGAGGCACCUCCAAUGGUUGGUGGUAACAGUGUGCAACCAACAAACAAAGGCUCCUUUCAAGACCCCGUUUCUGAAGAGACGAAAGAAAGUAAAGUUACAGAAGAUGCAUCUUUUGUAUUACCGUUAGAGCUUGGAACAACUAACGAAGCUGAGAAUCAGAUUGAAACCCAACUACCUGAUUAUGAAGGUCCACAACCAGCUGUCAGAAAUGGCGAGAAAGACAGUAGUCCAAUUUCUUCCAAUAACAUUGGGAUACCUGUAACAGCGCCUGUAACAACGCCUUUGGCGACAGAGGUUAAAUAUUCUGUGUUGCCUGACACGGUUAGCUCACAAGCUGAUACCGAGGCACCUCAGGCUGUGUAG